AUGGGUGUUCCCAAGUUCUUCCGAUGGCUCAGCGAGCGGUAUCCCACCAUCUCAAUGCUGAUCGCAGAGAGCCGCAUCCCCGAGUUCGACAACCUUUAUCUUGAUAUGAACGGCAUUAUCCACAACUGCACGCAUAAAGAUAGCGACUCUCCUACAUUCCGCAUGACCGAGGAACAGAUGUUCAUUGCGAUCUUCAAUUAUAUCGAGCACUUGUUUGGGACAAUCAAACCGAAGAAGCUGUUUUUCAUGGCCGUGGACGGUGUUGCCCCACGCGCAAAGAUGAACCAGCAGCGUGCGCGCCGUUUCCGAACGGCGCUGGACGCCGAGAAUGCGAAGAACAAGGCUAUUCAGCAAGGUCUGGAGAUGCCGAAAGAGGACCCAUUUGACAGCAACUGCAUUACACCAGGUACCGAGUUCAUGCAAAAGUUGACGCAACAGCUGAAGUAUUUCGUCAGCAAGAAGAUUUCCGAGGACAAGGACUGGCAAGGUGUGGAAAUAGUGCUCUCAGGCCAUGAAGUCCCUGGCGAGGGUGAGCACAAGAUCAUGGAGUACAUCAGAAACGCGAAAGCACAACCUGACUAUGCUCCAAAUAUGCGCCACUGUCUUUACGGUCUGGAUGCUGAUCUUAUCAUGCUGGGCCUGCUCAGCCAUGACCCGCACUUCUGUUUGCUUCGAGAAGAAGUAACUUUCGGCCGCCAAACAAAAUCCAAACCCAAAGAACUCGAACAUCAGAAUUUCUAUCUCUUACACUUGAGUUUGGUCCGAGAAUAUUUGGAACUGGAAUUCCAGGAGCUAGAGGAGCCAGGCGCUCUCAACUUUCCAUUCGACAUGGAACGUGUCAUUGAUGAUUUCAUUCUAAUGGCGUUUUUUGUUGGAAACGAUUUCUUGCCAAACCUUCCGAAUCUACACAUCAACGAGGGUGCGCUGGCUCUCAUGUUCAAGAUCUACAAAGAUGUCCUACGAAAGAUGGGUGGUUAUAUCAAUGAAGAGGGUGUGAUUAACCUGAAGCGACUGGGAAUUCUUGUUGAGGCGAUGAGUGGUUUUGAACAUCGGUUUUUCGAGGCUGAAUUUUCAGAUGCGAAAUGGAUCAAGUCUAAGCAGAACGGCGAUGAUGGUUCUCUUCAGCUGGAAAAGAAGCCAAAGGAAAUGACGAUCACUUCCGCACAGAAGGAUCUUCUCAAGAAGGUCAAGCAGUACGUUUUGAAUCGUCCAGGUAAGAGCGCGGAGCCGAAGCCCUUGGACUUCCCUCCUACAUUACCAGCUCGGGAUCGCAACUUUGUGGAGCAGUUGGCGGAUGAACUUCGUGUUCCCUGGUCCACUACGGAGACUGAUAGCGGGGACCGAUUCAUGAGGCUUCAGUUCCCUCAACCUCAGGGCAACAACGAUACUGAAAGUGAUGAUGAUGGUGACGAGGAGGCAUCCAUGGCUGUUCAUCGUGUCAUUCGGAAGUACGAGAAGGCCAAGAUUCAGGACAUAUCCCCAGAGGAAGCACAGCGUGCUGCGGAGGAGAAGUACGAUGCUAAGUUCCGAGAGUGGAAGGAUAAUUACUAUCGGUCCAAGUUUGGCUGGGGACUUGAUAAUGAGGAGGAAUUGACAAAGUUGGCCGAGAACUAUGUGCAAGGAUUGCAAUGGGUCUUGUUUUAUUAUUACCGGGGUAUUGCAUCGUGGCCUUGGUUUUUCAAGUAUCACUACGCCCCUAUGAUUUCCGACGUGGUCAUGGGCCUCGGUGUUGAUAUGAACUUCCGACUUGGGCAGCCAUUCCGCCCAUUCGACCAGCUGAUGGGUGUCUUGCCCGAUCGCAGCAAGAAAAUUGUACCUCCUGCUUACUGGGAUCUCAUGACUUCGCCGGAUUCCCCUAUCAUUGAUUUCUAUCCUCGAGAAUUCGAUCUGGAUAUGAAUGGAAAGAAAAUGGAAUGGGAGGCUGUUGUCAAAAUCCCCUUCAUCGAUGAAAAGCGACUCUUGGAUGCCCUCAAAACAAAGGAGAAGGCCUUGAGCCCGGCAGAGAAGGCUCGAAAUGAUUUUGGGGUCAGUCUCAAGUUCACCUAUUCUCCUGAUCUGAACUUUGUCUAUCCCUCUUCUUUGCCUGGGGUGUUCCCCGAUCUUCCGAAUUGCCAUUGUGUUGAGAAUGUUUUCGACCUGCCCACAAUGGAUGGCCUGGAGCCAUAUAAUGGACUUAUGGAUGGUGCCUAUUUGGGCAAAGCCGCUUUGGCUGGCUUUCCCAGUAUCAAGACUCUCCCGCAUGCCGGUCAACUCGGCUUCCACGGAGUUUGCGUGUUCCAACAAGAGAGUCGCAACGAGAGUCAGAUCAUUACUCUUCUUGAUCCAGAGAGUCGCUCCAACAUUGAAACGGCUAAAACAAAGCUUGGCAAGCGCGUUCAUGUUGGAUACCCGUUCCUGCAAGAGGCCCUUGUGAUCCGUGUCUCGGACGAACUGUUCGACUACAUUCUCCCUCCAGGCGAACAGCAUGUCGUUUCAAUACCGCAUACCCCACAACAAAUCGAGCAAUGGAAGAAGAAAGCUGAUAAGAUCGAAAGCAAUUAUAGCAAACGGCUUGGAAUCAUCAUCGGAAGCGUCGAAUCUUUGGUCCACAUUCAGCUGCUGAAAGGCAUGAACAAGACCGAAGAAGGUGCCACAAUCAAGGAAUUUGGGGACAUCCCGGGACAAGAGACCGACUUUGCUCUCCAGGUCAUUGUUGACGAUGUGGUUCAUCCUGAUGCGCGUUUCAUCGAACGGGAGGCCCUCCCGAUCGAGGAAGAAUUCCCUGCAAAUUCCCGUGCCUUUUUCCUCGGCGAGUUCAACUACGGACGACCAGUCCAUAUUACCGGCCAUGAAAAUGGCAAGGUCAACGGCCUUCUUGCAGCCGUUAAAGGCCGCGAGAAUGAAUUUGGAAAAGAGCGUGUCAAGGAAGCAGAGCGUUAUUGCCCUUACAUGCCGUCUUACGCGAUUGCACGUAAUCUUCGCCUCAACCCCCUGGUGCUCGCCAAAAUUACCUCUUCUUUCUCAGUUGAUAUGGACGGUCAGCGCGUCAACCUUGGUCUGAACCUGAAAUUCCAGGCUCGGCAACAAAAGGUCCUUGGAUAUUCUCGUCGCGGCGACUCUGGUUGGGAGUUCAGCCAGAAAGCCGUGGAGCUGCUUCAACAGUACAUGAUCAAUUUCCCUGAAUUCAUCGCUGGCAUCCAACGCCAACCCCAGAAGGACCGUUAUGUCCCCACCGAUUUCUAUGCGGAGGAGGAUGCGCAUCUGAAGAUGAAGGAAAUUCGGGACUGGCUCAAGUCCAUUGAAGCUAAGAAUUUCGAGAAAGUUCCACUUGAUGCCGAGCAGCUGGACUCCGAUAUAGUCUCAUUGAUUGAAAAGGAUGCCGACAGUUUGGUACAGCAGCAGGCACAAAUGCAUCCUAAGAAGGUUCGCGGGGUUCCCCGUAGUGCUCUUCUUAAGCCUUCCGAUGUCGAACAUCGUCUGGGCAAUCAGUCGUUCAAGCUAGGCGAUCGGGUUGUCUAUGCUCAGGAUUCUGGCAAAGUUCCCAUUGCCACUCGCGGAACCGUUAUUGGUCUUACGCGAACCGCUCGAGUCCUGCUUCUCGACGUGGUGUUUGAUGUUUCUUUCAUGAGCGGUACAACACUUGGCGACCGUUGCUCUCCAUUCCGCGGCCAGACUGUUCUUGCCUCCUCCGUGCUGAACGUUUCCCACCGGCAACUGCUUGCCAACUCUCGCGCUGCAACAAGCCAGCAGACCCAGCAGCAACAGACGCCGCUGACCGUUGCUGGCUACGGUGCGCCUCUCGGGCCCAAUGGACAAGGCCAGCUGCGAAACGCGCCGGCCCCUCCGCCCCUACGAGGAUCCUUCAAGGGCAUCGUGACCGGACAAGGAGAUCGCGGCGGCUUUGCCAGGGGCCGGGCUACCGACCUUCCAUUCCGUCCUCAGCAUAACGGUGGCACUCCACGUGGACCCCGUGGCCGUGGUCGCGGUGGACAGCAGCUCACUCGCGGCGGCUACGUCUCUGUCGAGAGCGGCGAUCCCACCGAGGGCAUCGUCCAGAAUAACCCUAACUUCCGGCCUCAAAAUUACACCCAGGUGCCGCCACCACAGGGCUUAGAUCAGCAACGUGGUCGUGGCCGUGGUCGUGGCCGUGGCCGCGGCAAUAGCGGUCGCGGUCGCGGUCGAGGUACUGCUACAGCGAACAGCUAG